GCAGUCUACUGGAUGCGGGCAUUGGCAGAACUACAGGCCCAAGAUGUCUUCUACGCCGGGGGUCUACUUCGACGGGUCUUCACUGGCAAAAACGCCGGCGGAGUUGUUCUGGAUAUUUUCCCCAGUGCUCAAUGCUGGGGCUUAUGGCCCACCGGUGGUUUGGAUUUGCCCCGGGAUUCAACACGAUUGGCAAAGGCUGCGCGGUCUAUUCAGAUUGCCUGGUAUGUGCUUUCAGAGGCAAAAUCCAAAGAGGAACUUCAGGAAUGGAGCAAACGUUGUCAUCAGCUAAUCAUUGACCACCACCAGUGGUGCUGCCGGGUUUUGAACACCCAGACCAAGCUUCCCUGCAUUUUCGGAGACGUUGAAGGAUGCAUUCCUCCUGGGACGUACAAUGCCACUGACCCAUUCAAGCUGAAGUUUCACAAGAUUGCCAAUUCUGACUUUGUGUCCCACCAGUGGUGUUAUGCACAUCACCAAAUGUGCCCACUUUUCAAGACCCAGCUGGACUUUGAGACUGCAGGCCUCCCAUGCACAGACUCCAGCCGUGCCGGCAAUCGGCAAUUCGAGAACGGGCCAACUGCGGGUGUUUUUGUUUGUCAUGGGAAACGACACAUUGAGCUGGCCACACCAUUGAUUCUCUUGGAGAACGUGCAGGAGCUGAAGCUGGAACUGAUCAAGCUGAUAUAUGGGUAUCACUACAACAUUUACCCCAUCUAUGUCUCCACUGAUGAUGUCGGCCACAGUGGGUGUACCCGCAACCGGGUUUAUAUCAUCUUGGCACACAAGAAGCGGGUCCGCAUGCUACAGAACCCCUACCGCAUGUACAAAAAGAUUCGGAAGACGAUCAAAAAGCACAUCUUCACGCGACCAUCUGAUUAUCUCAUUUCCCCCCAACAUGAGAUUCUGUUGGACGCGGCCGAGAUAGUACGAGGGCAAAGCGGCACCGUGAAUCACCAUGCACUCCUGCACCCGCGUGAGCAGAAAGCAGUUGAAGCAUAUCUCAUCAAGUACAGAAAAAAAUUCAACCGAUCACCAGCUGCCAAAGCCAAGGCCGUCCCCAAAUCGGAGUCACGAAGCCGUCGCACCAAGACUGAGCGUUUCACUGUCAACCAUCUUUCAGACUGGCUAACCGCAGCUGAUAGCACGUACUUGGGCCCUGCUGUCGUCAAAGCGGAGGGAGUGAGCAAGGAGUUGAUUUGCUCCGCACUGGCCUUCAACCUUGGUUUGAAACCUGGGAAUACCCAUUAUGAGAGGGAUCCGGAUGAAGCGAAGCGCUCUGCAGCAGGCGAGUACCGUCGCAGAGGCAAGCCAGCAGAGUGGACCAAGUGGGACUUGGAAACUCAGCACAAAUACAUGGCAUGGCAGAACGCGGGUACGAGCGCGAAAGACGUUGGUGGCUACUCGAGGUAUCUUCCAAAGGCCAAUGGUGAGGAACCUGCUGAUCUUCCCCAAGAAGUUGUCGAUUGGAUGAACCGCAGUUACCGCAAGACUUCUCGUGGUGAUUCCUGUGGUGAUGAAUCUGGCGACUCUUCCAAAAAGCGCAAGAAGAACAAGUCGGAGGAUCGCAAGGGCAAGUCCAAGAAGAGGGCUUCAAGUUCAUCGCCCGCACGAGCAGCCAGCAGCAAGCAUCGCAAGUCGGGCUCUAUUGUUGCUGCCCACAUCCCCAAGUCAAAGGUCAAGGAGGCUAAGAAGGACAGUUCGACAUCCCAGGAUUCGGAAGAUGAUGGCCCUGGCAAUGACAAUGAGUUUCCGGAGGGUGGCUACAAGCUUGAAUCCAUGGUCAGCAAGAAGGGUGAUGCAGUCCCCUGCCUGUACCACCCCCACAUCAAGACAAUGAUUGAAUUGGACGCGGGAAUCCAAUGGAAAGUGAAGGAGGACAGCGAAGGCGUCAGCUAUAUUUGGGAUGUGCUCAACAAGAGCAAGACUCGCACCACAUGCUCAGAUCUCGCUUCCAAAGUCUUGAAUCCAGAGGUGGUGACUCGCCAAAAAGGACCUGGGCCUACCAAGGUCAAGAAGAAGUCGCCGCAGGACCAGGAAGAACCCGAAGAUGAGAUUGAUGACGAGCUGGACGGGUGGGGUGAUUCCGAAGAUGAUGAUGGCUUGGAUUCCUCAAAGGCCGCUCCCUUCAUUUACAUUGCACAAGAUUCUUCCCAAGUUCUCAUCGUGCCCGCGGCUUUGAAGGAGGUGAAGUUGCCAGGCAGUGGUAAGAAGGGUGGGUGUGAUGAUUGGCAGGUUCGUGCUCUGAAGGAGAAGGCAGCAGAUGGUUCUCUGAAGUACGUGAUCGAGUCCAAAGGGGGGCAUGCAGCGUCUCGCCACUUAGAUUCAAUUCUGAGCACCACCAAGUUCCCACAACCCCUUUCAGAGGAAUCGAAGUCUGAGAUGACAAGGAAUGGAAUCAACAUAGUUCUUCCUAGUGACGCCGUCGAGGCGGCGCGAGUCUUGACACCAGCCGUCCCUCCACCGGAAGCUCCUUGUGUGCCAAGCGAUGACAAUGAUAAGGCACCCGAUGCAUCUUCGGCCAAACCUGCAGAGGAAAUCAAGGACCCUUGA